AUGCCCAACUCGCCACCAGAUCGGUCUUAUUCAUAUGAGAAAUACAAUGAGGUCCUGACCAACGCUUCUACCAGGUUUGAUGUCAAUCACAAGCUUCUAGUACCCACCGGCAGAUCCUGCAGGGCCAACAUGGCUGUGAUCGACGCGUCUGAGGUUGAAGUCGAGCAACCUGAUGGCAUGGAUAGCCAACCAGAUGACCCCACUCAUUUCCAAGCGUUUGCGGCCAUGAGGGACCCCUCUGUCCGGCCCCCAGACCAACAUUGGACCCAACUUUCCAAUACGGGCAAGAAGAAGUGGCGCUACUCGUUUCCCAUUGUACCCUUACACAUGCUACCCACGGACUAA